GUCUUUCUUUUUGUAUUUAGACACCAAAGCAUCAAAGAUUCAUUCAGCCUCCUUUACAUACUUCAGCAGACCAUCUGUCCACUAUGAACUCCAUGUUAACCAAUAGUCAGCAGAAAACUAUCUGCUCCCAGCUGGGAAGAGUCAAACUCCAGCUGCUGUACAAGGCCAGCAUCCAUGGUUUCACCGGGGCAGCCUUUCACCAACGAUGUGACAACCGCGGCCCCACGGUGUCUGUGGGCUACAACGCCUCUGGUUAUGUGUUUGGAGGCUACACCAAACAACCUUUCUGUCAGUCUGGACAGACUGUGCAUGAUGACCAGGCCUUUCUUUUCACCUUCAGUGGAGAAAAGCUCCUCAAGUAUCCGGUUACUGGUCCUGCUAACGCAGUGAAAAUGAUAGCUGGGUCUGGUCCAUAUUUCGGAGAAGCAUUUGUUCUUGUCAAUGGAAACCAAGCAGUAGUCUACAGCUGUCCAGGAAAAUAUUACAACUUCGAUGCUGCAGAAAUGCAUGGCAAUGAUUUCAACCUGACUGAGUGUGAAGUCUAUGAAGUCGAAGAAACCACAGAACUUGAGUGUCCAUGGAGAACUAUCACCUGGGAAUCUGAAAAGAAGAUGGAACUGAUGGAGACUGUUAAGUCAUACAAACCCACAGUCAGCUCUGUGUCCCAGGUCCGGGUUCUGCUCAUUGGACCAGUUGGAGCUGGAAAGUCCAGCUUCUUUAAUUCUAUCAACUCUGUCUUCAGAGGCCACGUCACCAGCCAGGCCAUCGCUGGCAGCUCCACCACCAGCCUCACCACAAAGUUUCGCACCUACUCAGUGAAAGCUGGGCGAGAUGGAAAACGUUUGCCAAUCAUCUUGUGUGAUACCAUGGGAUUGGAGGAAAGCACAGGGGCGGGGCUUGAUAUAGAGGACAUCAACAGCAUCCUUAAAGGUCAUCUGCCAGACUGCUAUCAGUUCAACCCCUCUGCCCCUCUGCAAUCGGAAACCAGCGGCUAUCGUAAGUCUCCAGGGCUUAAGGACAAGAUCCACUGCGUGGUCUAUGUCACUGACGCCUGCAAGGUCUCCAUCAUGCCCACGAAGCUGGAGGAGAAGCUGAAUGCUAUCCGCAGAAAGGUCAACUUAAUGGGGAUUCCUCAGCUGGUUCUGGUCACUAAAGUAGAUGAAGCCUGUCCUUUGGUGACAGAGGACGUGAGGAACAUUUACAAGAGUGGCUACAUCAAGGAAAUUAUACAGAAGGUCAGUGCUCGGCUCGGCGUGCCAGUGUCCUGUGUUGUUCCAGUGAAGAACUACAGCGAGGAGUUGGAGUUGGACCUGAACUGUGACAUCCUGCUGCUCAACGCCAUCAUCCAGAUGCUUCGCUUUGCAGAUAAUUACUUUGAUGAGAUCAGUGACCAAUUCAGCAACAUUGAAGUCAAAGAAUAGGAAGUAUUAGUGCAGCAGAUGUUUAUUUCCUGUCCUGACAUGUCUCUCAAAAUGAUCUAUCCAUGCAUCCAUCCAUUUACUGGCAGGUGAUCCAGCCUAAUGCUAGUUCACCGUGCACUUCCUCCUCUGGGUUUUCCCAGCAGUGCUUGGAAUGAUGGGAGAUGUAGUGUCUCUAGUAUUUCCUGACUCUGCGCAGCACCUCCAGUUUGUGGCUUUAGAAACAGAGUGAGCUGAUUAUUAAUUUGAUUGCCUCUUAGCUACAAAAUAUCCAUUUUCUUUCUAAUUUGGUUUUGAAGUUUUUAUAUUAGAAAAUGAUUACAUAAUAAGGCAUGAUUUGAAUUUU